AUGUCUGGAAGAGGCAAAACCGGGGGGAAAGCUCGUGCUAAGGCCAAGACUCGCUCAUCCAGAGCAGGAUUGCAGUUUCCCGUGGGCCGUGUUCAUAGGCUUCUCCGUAAAGGGAACUACGCUGAGCGCGUUGGUGCCGGUGCUCCGGUCUACCUUGCCGCCGUGCUAGAGUAUUUGACCGCUGAGAUUCUCGAGCUGGCUGGUAAUGCCGCCCGUGACAACAAGAAGACUCGUAUCAUUCCACGGCACCUCCAGCUCGCCGUGCGUAACGAUGAGGAACUGAACAAACUGCUUGGCGGAGUAACUAUCGCUCAGGGUGGUGUGCUGCCUAACAUUCAGGCUGUGCUUCUGCCCAAGAAGACCGAGAAGCCGGCCAAGACCAAAGUCAAAGUUAAAUUGAUCAUGUCUGGAAGAGGUAAGACCGGGGGGAAGGCUCGUGCUAAGGCUAAAACCCGCUCAUCCAGAGCCGGACUGCAGUUCCCCGUGGGCCGUGUCCAUAGGCUUCUCCGUAAGGGGAACUACGCUGAGCGCGUUGGUGCCGGUGCUCCUGUCUACCUUGCCGCCGUGCUGGAGUAUCUGACUGCUGAGAUCCUGGAGUUGGCUGGCAAUGCCGCCCGCGACAACAAGAAGACUCGUAUCAUACCCCGGCACCUGCAGCUAGCCGUGCGUAACGAUGAGGAGUUGAAUAAAUUGCUCGGCGGAGUGACCAUCGCUCAGGGUGGUGUGUUGCCUAACAUUCAGGCUGUGCUUCUGCCCAAGAAGACCGAGAAGCCGGCCAAGACCAAGUAACUUCCCCCACUGCU